GUAUAUUUGUGCAGUCCAUGUGAAUGUGCUGUGUGGAAGCUAAAACCAUAACAUAUUCCUAAUUUUUAUAACCGAAAAGAAUUAAAUUUAAAUAGGCAUCAAUUCAGAUUGGAGAAAAUUUAGGAGGACUGAUGGAAUUUGUCACAUGACAUUUCUCUUAAGGGAAGAUGUCGUGGUUGCAUCUGGGUCUUAUGUUUACGCGUUGUUAUGAAGAUGGGCACGAGCCGUGAACUAAGACCUCAAGAAUGCGUGGCAAUUUCAAGUAUGGAUGAGUGAUUUUCGUAUAUAAGACGAGUGUAAAUAAAGCAUUCCAAGAAACCAAGCUUCGGUAAGUUAAAAAUGAGCAGGAGUCAAUAAUGGAAAAAUCUUGCACCAGAAGGCGAGAAAGUGGUUGAUCUAAGGCGAGCAAGUUCACAACCACUAUACACAGCACAGACCACAGCAAAUGAGUCAAAUCUUCCAGUGUUAAAUGCGUCAACAAAAUCAACCAUGGAGGAUAUGAGAAGAAGAAUUGUCCAACUAAACAAGGAGUUAGAAAAGGAGAGGAUAAACUCCAAGAACUUGCAAAGAGACAAGGUGUUUGAGAUCAGACAAGUUCGCGACGAAGAGCAGAGGAAAGCCGCCGCUAUGCAAGCAGAUUUGAAAUCGAAACUUAUGAAAGAAAAGAUGAAUGAACUCACGUCAUUGAGGGAGCAAUUGCAUAAAGAGAAAGAAAAAGAUAUUAUUCAAAUUAUAAGGCAAAAGGACGAAGCCUUCAAGACGGCCCAGCAGGCAUGGACGAAGGAAAAAGAAGAGAUGAGAUCGAAGCUUCGAAGCGAGCUUCGGAACGAAUCCCGUGAGGACACUAAACGGGAAUUUGAAAAGGAACGCGGGAGAUUAGAACAAGACAUUGCAGACUUACAGCGGCAGAAAAGGGAGCUGGAAGAAACGCUUAAACUUGUUCAAGAUGCUGAUAAAAGAAAAAUAGAUGAUUUCCGUAGAAUUCACCAUGAGCAUGAAGCAGAACUGGAGAAAUUUAAAAGAAAUUCAUGGCAAGAAAGCAGGCAACAGGUAAGCCAAAGCUUAAUUGAACCUUAAUAAACUUUUUACUGAAACUUUUCAAAGCACAAAUUAAGAUUCAAUGUGUCUGGGCGCUAGUUCCUGCAGUUGUAUCAGACUGAAUUAAUAUAUAUGAGCAUAAUUUGUGUUUAAUUUUUCUAAUCUCAAUGUGAGAUACAAGUUAGAUAAAGCUCCAGUUACAGUUAUUUCCUUCAGUGGAACAAUACAAGCUGCACUUGAGCUUUAAAACACUUUAUAAUAGGUUUGUUUGUAGCUGUACGUCUCUGAUCUUCAAGUUAAUUUUGUCUGUUCCUUGAAAAUGUCCAGACAGACGUUUUCUGUCCAUAAAUCUUUCAAAGAUCCAUCAUAAAAUUUAAUAUAAACUUUUAAAAAUCUUCUAACUGCGCAAUUCAUAAAACUACUCUUCGAAAUGUUCAAUACAUUCAUUAUAGGUCAAUUAAUGCUUUUCAUUUUCUUUGUUUUUGUUCAAUAUCACUGAGGUCAGGAAGAAUGUCUCAUCUGCAUCUCUGCUAGUUUCCCAUUUUUGAUUACUAUACAUGAAGGGUACAUGUACUCUCGUUAUCUUUUUGUGUAAAGAUUGUGUUUCCCAUUUUUGGUUACUGUGCAUAAUCGGUGCUCUAUUUAUCUUUUUGUGUAAAUAUUGUGUUUUAAAUGCACAGCAAGGCUCUCAAAGUUCGAGUUCAAAACUUUUGAUUUUUUUGGCAGAUCAACUUCAUUAUAUUUUAUUCAACAUUUGUUUCCUAUUAUAAACACAACCUGUACAUCUUAAUAAUUAUCUGUUUAUGGCUGAAUGGCAUCUUUGGACUUAUUUGUAUGUAGAAUGGGUGUCCAAGCUAAGCGUGCUCUUGGUCAGUUAAAAAUAAUAGAAAUAAAAAUAAUAAUAAUGAUAAUUAAUGUUUUAUUUGCAUUCCAUGAAAAACCGGGACAACUGGGCUAACCAGGAAAACCGGGACAACCGGGACAACUGGGAAGACUGCAACGACUAGGACAACCUGGACAACUCAGUUGUCCCAGUUGUCCCUGUUGUCCCGGUUGUUAUGGUCUUCACAGCUGUCCUGGUUGUCUCAGUUGUCCCAGUCAUCCCGGUUGUCCCGGUUGACAGCUGGGAUAUCUGGAACAACUGGUGCAGAUUGCAAGUUGUCCUGGUUGUCCCUGUCGUCCCUGUUGCCCUGGUUGUCUCGGUUGUCCAGAUUGUUGUUGUUGUCCCAAUUUUCCAGAUUAUCCUGGUCUUCCCAGUUGUUGCGGUUGUUAUGGUUGUCCUGGUCCUCCCAGUUGUUUCGGUUGUCUUGGUUGUCCUGGUUUUCUCUGUUACCCCAGUUACACCGUUUUACCAAUUCACCUUCUGAGCAUCAGAUUUUAUGUGUAGUUUCACGCGACUUAUGAUGACCUUUGUUGUAAACAAACCCUAAAAGUUCGGACAGUGUUCUCUCCCUCAUACUGUACUUGUAUAAACUACGAGUCGCUUUUUCAAGUUUGCAUUAUUAAACUUAUAUAUUUUCCUUCCCUUUCGUGGUUUGAAAAUCAAAUAGUUUAAGGUUCAAAAUGUCAAAGCCGAAGAUCAGGAGUGGUCGUUGCUGUUGUCCCAGUUGCCCUGGCAGUAUCAAACUACUCUCUUCUCACAAGCUGCACUGAUCAUUUUAAUAGAACUUUUUAACCCUCUGCCACUACCUAAUGGAAUGACAUUAGUUUUGAGAUACGUUGUCUCAAAUCCAUUGGUUCUUUUAAAAAAGCUUUAUUUUCCUUUUACAAUGUGCCUACUUAUAACGCUACUUAUGAUUUUGCUAUUGAUAGAUUUAAUGCAAUUUUCCACACUCGUUUAAAUUUAGACACUUGUGCGCUUAACUAUUAUCUUAAAAUAGGUUGUAGAGAAAGCCCAGUUCGUUUUUGUGGUUUGCACAACGUGACAGUUAAGUAUUUUUUCUUGAAUGUCCACUUUAUUCUGCCCCUAGAACUAAUCUUCUUUCCUCUGCUGCUCGAAUAUUUGCUGACAGAUGGUCUUCUAUGUGUAAAGCACAAAUUAUAUCAUUUUUUCUGUUUGGAUCGCUGUUUUUGUCAGAGCAAAUAUUGAUUCAUUUUCUCACGCCCAGUCUUUUAUAUCCGAAUCAACAAGAUUUUAUAAAGUAACCCAAAAUUACAUGUAUUUUCCACCUGUUAGCAUUCCUUAAAUAUCCUCGUUGUUUUCUUGACACUUUGAGUAACAACUAUUAUUUAAUGUAAUUUUUUAUUUAAUGUUUUUCCCUCUUGAUGAGUUUCUUUUACUCUUAGAACAAACUUUGUCAAUGACAUAUGUUAAGAUAAGUUGACAGCUGGGAUAUCUGGAACAACUGGGACAGAUGGUGCCAACUGCAGGUUUCCCAAUUGUCCUGGUUGUCCUGGUCAUCCUGAUUGUCCCAGUUGUCCCUCUCUUCCCAGUUGUCACGGUUGUCCUGGUCUUCCCAGUUGUCUUGGUUGUCCCUGUUCUCCCGGUUGUCCUGGUUGUGGUGGUCUUCCUAGUUUUUCUCAGUUUUCCAGGUCGUCCAUGUUGUUACGGUUGUCCGGGUUGUCCUGUUCAUCCCGGUUUUCCCAGUUGUCUCUUUCUUCCCAUUUGUUCUGGUAGUCCAGGUCUUCCCAGUUGUCCUGCUUGUCUCAGUUGUCAUGGUCUUCCUAGUUUUUCUCGGUUGUCCAGGUCGUCCAUGUUGUUCUGGUUGUGCCAGUUGUCCUGGUCUUCGCAGAUGUCUGGGUUGUCCCUGUUGUCACGGUUGUUGCGGUCUUCCUGGUUUUUCUCAGUUGUCCAGGUUGUCUAUGUUGUCAUGGUUGUCUCGGUUGUCGUGUUCAUUCCAGUUUUCCCAGUUUUCCUUCCGUUCCCAGUUGUCCCAGUUGUCCUGCUCUUCCCAGUUGUCUUGGUUUCAGUUAUCCCUGUUGUCCCUGUUCUCCUGGUUGUCUCUGUUCUCCCUUUUGCCUCUGUUGUCAUGGUUGUCAGCCGGGAUAUUUGGGGCAACUGGUGCAGAUUGCAGGUUGGUCUGGUUGUCCCUGUUGUCCCAGUCUUCCCAAUUGUCCUGGUUGCCCAGGUUGUCCCGAUUGUCCCAGUCAUCGCUGUUGUUGUGGUUUUCCUGGUUGUUGCACUUGUUUCAGUUGUCCUGGUUGUCCAGGUUGUUCAGGUCUUCCCAGUUUUCCUGGGUGUCCCAAUUGUCCUGCUUGUCUUUGUUGUCCUGGUUGUCGCAAUUGACAGGUGAGAUAUUCGUGACAACUGGUAUAACUGGUGCAGUUUGCAGGUUGUCACUGUUGUUCUUGUUAUUGUUCUUGUUCUUGGUCGACGCGGUCGUCCCAUUUGUCUUGGUUGACAGUCGUGAUAUCUGGGACAUCUGGAACAUCUGGUGCAGAUUGCUGCUUGUCUUGGUUGUCCUUGUUGUCCCAGUUGUCACAGUUGUUGCUUUUAUCCCUUUUGUCCAGGUUGUCCUGGUUUUCUCUAUUGUCCAGUUUCUCCUGGUCUUCCCAGUUGUCCCGGUUGACCUUGUUGUCCCUGUUAUCCUUGUUUUCUCUGUUGUCCUGGGUUGUCCUUGUUGUCCCUUUUGUCCUUUUUUCCUUGUUGUCUCUGUUGUCCUUGUUGUUCUUGUUGUCUUGGUUUUCCCAGUUGUCCUGGUGUCCCAGUUCUCUUGGUUGUCCUGGUCAUCCUGAUUGUCCCAGUUGUCCCGGUCUUCCCCGUUGUUUUGGUUUUCUUGGUUGUCCCGGUCAUCCCUGUUCUCCCAGUUGUCCUGGUCAUCUCUGUUGUCUCAGUUGUCCUGGUUGUCACAGUCUUCCUUCUUUUUCUUGGUUGUCCAGGGCAUACAUUUUGUCCAGGUUGUUCUGUUCAUCUUGGUCGUCCCAGUUGUCCCUCUCUUCCCAGUUGUGGCAGUUGUGUUAGUCUUCCCAGUUAUCUUGGUUGUCUCAGUUGUCCCUGUUAUCUCGGUUUUCCUGGUUGUCCUGGUCUUCCCAGUUGUCUCGGUUGUCUCGCUUGUCCCUGUUACCCCAGUUGUCCCGGUUGUCAUGGUCUUCCUAGUUUUUCUCGGUUGUCCAGGUCAUCCAUGUUGUUAUGGUUGUCCUGUUCAUCCCAGUUGACUUGGUUGUCUCAGUUGUCCCUGUUUUCUCGGUUGUCGCAGUUGUCUCUGUUGUCCCUGUUUUCCUUUUGCCCAUGUUGUCCUGGUUGUCGGCCGGGAUAUCCAGGACAACUGGACAACUAGUUUUUCUCGGUUGUCCAGGUCGUCCAUGUUGUCACGGCUGUCCCGGUUGUCCCAGUUGUCGCAAUCUUCGCAGCUGACUCGGUUGUCUAGGUUGUCCCUGUCGUCUCUGUUAUCCCAGUGGUCCCAGUUGUCAUGGUCUUCCUAGUUUUUCUCGGUUGUCCAGGUCGUCCAUGUUGUCAUUGUUGUUCCAGUAGUCCUGUUCAUCCCAUUUGUCCCAGUUGUCCCCCUCUUCCCAGUUGUCCCAGUUGUCCCUCUCUUCCCAGUUGUCCCAGUUGUCUUGGUGUUGGUUAUCCCUGUUGUUCCUGUUGUCCUGGUUGUUGAAGUUGUCUCUAUUGUCCCUGUUUUCCCUGUUCUUUGUUGUCCUUAUUGUCCCUGUUGUGCUUGUUUUCGGUGUUGUCCUAGGUUGUCCCUGUUGUUGACAGCCAUGAUCUCUGGGACAACUGGUACAGAUUGAAGGUUUUUCUGGUUGUCCCUGUUGUCCCUGUUGUCCCCGUUGUCCCUGUUGCCCUUGUUAUCCCUAUUACUCCUGUUGUCCCUGUUUUCUCUGUUGUCUGUGAUGUCCCUGUUGUCCUUGUUUUUCUUGUUGUCGUUGUAUUGCCUGUUGUCCUUUUUGUCCCUGUUGUCCUUGGUUUUCUUGUUGUCCUGGCUGUCCUGGUUGCCCAGGUCUCUUGUUUGUCCCGGUUGUCCCUGUUGUCCUUUUUGUCUCUGUAGUCCCGGAUUGUCCCUGUUGUCCCUGUUACACUUGUUGUCCUGGUGUUCCCUGUUGUCCCGGUUGUCCCAGUUCUCCUUGUUGUCCCGGUCAUCGCUCUUGUCCCAGUUGUCCUGGUUGUCCAGAUUGUACCAGUUGUCUUGAUUGUUCAGGUUUUCCUGGUUGUUCCAGUUGUCCUUGUCACCCCAGUUGUCAUGGUUGACGGGCAGAUAUCUGGGACAAAUGGGACAACUGGUGUAGAUUAGAGGUUGUUCCUUUUGUCUUGUUGUCCUGGUUGUCCUGGUCUUCCCAGUUGCUCUGGUCUCCCUAGUUUUUCUUGGUUGUUUCAGUUGUCGUGGUCAUCCUGGUUGAACCAGUUGUCCCUGUUGUUCCAGUCUUCCCAGUUGUACUUGUCAGCCCUGUUUUUCUGGUUGUUGCAGAUGUUUCCGUUGUCCCGGUCUCCCCAGUUGUCCCUGUUGUCCCCGUCACUUUUUUGUCCUGGUUGACAACCAGAGUAUCAGGGAGAACUGGUGCAGAUUGAAGGUUGUCUCAGUUGUCUUGGUUGUCCCUGUUGUUCCGGUUGUUCCGGUUCUCCCAUUUGUCUUGAUUGUCCUGAUUGUCCCCUGUUGCCACCAUUGUUCCGGUUGUCCCAGUUGCCCUACGGUUCUCAGUUUUCACAGUUGUCUCUGUCACCCCGGUUUUGCCAGUUGUCCCUAUUUACAGCCAGGAUAUCCGGGACAACUGGGACAACUGUUGCAGAUUGCAGGUUGUCCCAGUUGUUUCGGUUGGCUCUGUUGUCCUGGUUGUCCCAAUUGCCCUUUGUCAUGGUCGUCCCUGUUGUCCUGGUCUUCCCAUUUGUCCGGUUCCCAGUUGUCCUUGUUGGCCUGGUUGUCCUGGUCAUCCUGGUUGUCCCAGUUGUUUCAGUUCUCCAGUUUUUCCAGUUGCCAGUUCCUGGUUGUCCCGGUCGUUGAGGUCAUUGCGGUUGUUGCAGUUGUCCCAGCCUUCCCAGUUGUCUCAGUUUUCUCGGUUGUCCCUGUUUUCUCUGUUGUCCCGGUUGUACUGGUUGUCCCUGUAGUCUUGGUUUUCCCUGUUAUCUGAGCUGUCCUGGUUGUCCCGGCUGUCUUGGUUUUCCCAGUUAUCUCUGUUGUAGCAGCUGUCCCACAGUACUCAAUAAACCUCUUCUGUUAAUUUUGUUGCAGAUGGCUGAAAUUCGCCAGUUACUCAACAUAAUUGAACAACUUGAAAAAAAGCUUGGUUUGGAGGCUGGGCAUUCGAUGAGGCUAAGACUAGAGAAGGACAACUUGUAUGACAUGCUGAAAAAAUCCACCACAUAUGAUGCUUGGGAUAGGAUGAUGUCUUCAACCAUUAGGGAUGAACAGGGGCGAGCUACUCCACCCACAACUCCUGUAAGUUAAAAAGCUACGUGUAACAAAUCCGAAAAAUUGUCCAUACCCAUCCCUUGGGGGAAAAAACGUAAACUGGAAUUUACAGUCAGGAGAAGGAGGAUCAAUUUAAAUUAAAUGCCCUCCAUGGGAGACUUAUUGGUAUUCUCAGGAACGAGGCAUUUUCUGUGAUUUUGAUAUGCUAGGGUUUUGGACCCAUGAAGGGACUCCCAUAUAAAAGUUAUGGGAUGCUUGUCAGAAAAUUAAAAUUAAACCUUUAAGGGAGACAUAUGUGGGUGCGGCGCAAGCUGGAGGCCAUACUAAAACAGACAUCUAAAUAAGAGCUACACUGUAGGUAUCUGAAUAAGUGCAAGGGAUGUUGUGUUCUUUUUUUGAAUGUUAGAUUUCUGUGUGGUCAGUGUAGGCAUUUUUUGUAAAUUUCUUUAUGCACAUCCCUAAGCGAUACGCAAAUAUUGUGACUUUCCGUCGUUAACAUCCUGCACCUGUGAGUGAGAUGACGAGCACCCCUGUCACUUUUAUAUGGGAGUUCCCCCUAGGUCUGGAACCUGUCUCAUCCACACGAGUGCUGUGGGCUAUAAUACGUUUUGUGUAGUAAUAUUUGUUAUUAGUAGUAAGAAGAAAGAAAAUAAUUAUUAUUGUCUUACUUUUUUCAGUAAGUUAAAUGCUUAGAGGUUGUAGAAGUUCAUUACAACAAGACGCUGUGGGAGCGUAUAUUUUGGCGUCGUUGUUCUACGUGUAUGUGAAAUUCUUUAUGUGGAUAGGGCUGUGUGAGUAGCGCAGUAGCGUUGUAUAUUUUAGGGGUUGGUUGAGAUGUGUGAAGUGGAAGGCGUGGAGUUAUAUUGAACGUGGAUUGGUAAGAUAAUGGUCGUAGCUUGUUAAUCAGUGAAACUAAAUUUGUUAUGAAGUAACAAAGAAUAGUUUUUUGGAAAGAAAACUAAUUUCAAGCGUUGCAGUGAGGUAGUUGUGGGAGUGGUAAUUUGGUUAUAAAGGGAUAGUGUAGUUACAGUCUGUUGAAAUGAAGUGCUGGUUGUAAAAGAUCUUAUCAACAGCUGAAAACAUACUUGUACUUAUUUUAAAAUAAUGUUGUUAGGCUUUCUGUUUAGUAUUGUUUUCGGCUAUUUUUAAUAAUAUUUGUAUGGAGAGAACGUGGAUAAGGGAAAGUGGAUUUAAUAUGGAGAAGGGGGUAUGAAUAUGUUUGUGAAUGCUGAAAUUUUGGGUGAGUGGAUUUUGCUUUGAAAAACCGGUGAGGUCAAAGGGAAUGGCGUAAAUUCUGGCUAUAAAAUCAAGGCCCUGAUUACAUGAGCUGGGCUUGCUCGCUUGGCAGAGAUUUCGGCACCUUACAUCAACGCGACAAAAAUCAGCUUUGCGAUUACAUGACAUACCGAGCCAGCCCGGUUAGCUGGGAUCACAGUAUUGUGAUGCUGGGACCCCGGCUGGAAAUGUUACAAGUAAUCACGCUUGUCGGAAGCCCUGCAAAUCAGAACCAAGCGACAAACAGGACAGGGUGUAACACACUACUCAUGCGUAUUGCUUCCAGUCUCUAUAUAAAAAUAGCGGCUUCGCGGGGCUUGCCCGGUUCAUGUAAUACCCGGAUAAAAGUAAUCUCGGUAGAGCCAGCUAGCACGGCUUAUAUAAUCAGGCCCUUACUGUGAGUUGUAUUGUCACGCAGUUUGCACCUGAAAGCUUUGGAAUUUGCCGCUUUUGUGGUUCGUGUUAACCCAGUUAACUGUCACGUACGCAGUUUGCACGUGAAGAUGUUGGACUUUGCCCCUUUGACGGUUUGAACGUGAAAAAAAAAAAAGAUUUUGUUUAUGAUAUCAUUUUGCUCAGGAAGAUUUUAAGAAAUCACCUCCUUUUCGAACAUCUGCAAAGAAAUUACGUAUCAUUCAUGGUAAGAUUAACAGGCUAACAUCAAUUAGUUCCCAUAAAACUAUCAAACUGCCGAAAAACUUUACAUGUGGCCACUCAUCGCAUGUCAUUCCCCUCACUGAAACAGUCCGUUAUUAUCUCAUGCACGAGUGAUCCCGCAAUUUUGUGCGACAUCUUCUUUGGCUCUUGACAACUGAGGGCAAAAAUAUCGUCAAAACCAAUUAUUUUUGAAAGAUUCACCUUCAAUUUUCUGAAAAAUUGCCUGGUUACUAGGAAAGAUAUAAAAUGCCGUUAGCUUAAGAUUUACCAGUUUAUCGUUUUCGAGCAAAAAAAUCGUCCUCUGAGAGGACAUGUGCUUACUGGCAAUGAAUAGUCUCAGGAAACGACAAAGGGCAAUAACGGGUAACUAUGAUCUGGAGGCGUUGCUUUAGCAUGUUCAUCAUUUGUUAUUUCUUCAUCCCCGCACUGUUGGGAAUUGUGUUUCUAUGUUGCAAGGUUUUUUAUAUCGUAAAAGUGGGAUCAAGCUUUCCUUCCGGCAUACUUUUGUACGAGUCGUUCGCGUGGCUGACAUUCACGUCGCUUGGCUUGUUUACUUGGCUUAUUUAAGUUCGCACGUAUUGCGUGCCUAUUGCAACUUUGAAUCAAAGCAUGCGAUCUCCAACACUCUGCUUGGGCGUUGCCCAAAUAAAAGGAUGUUUAAACUUUUAAAACCUUAAAAUCUAAUAAGGGCUUGAGACAACAUUUUGGCUUUAACUCCUCGUUAAAUCGGCUGAGAACAUAGCAAAAAAAAUCAAUUUCAAAUGCACAUUUUGUGGUUUUUCUUUCACGCCGGUGUCAAAAUUUAGAAAACGUCCAUGAAACCUUUAAAAAUACAAAAAUUCGCUUUUAAAAACGUACCUCUCCUUGAACAUCGAGUACAGAAUGUACCUCAAAUUUCUUCAGAAACCUCGCUGCCUCGGUUGGUUCAAAACAAGCUAAGCGCUCUGAUCCGCUGUGCAGAAAACAAGGUUGAAUGCCUCGAAAGACAAUUUCAUAGCGAAAAGCUCUCGUUUGUCCACAAAAAGGUAGUCUCCCUCGCAGCCGUUUUUGGAUGUCACGCAACGCUCCCCCAAAAGAACGGCUACUUUUGGGAGAGCGUUGCGUGACAUCCAAAAAAACGGUUGCGAGGGAGACUAGCAAAAAGGAAACUGAGCAUUCUUUUGAACUUUCUCUUUCCAUUUGUGUCUUUUAUCCGCGUAUUUUCAAUCUUGAAAUGCAAAACUUUAGACCACCCCAUGAUGAACGUGCGCCAGCCAUUUUGUUGAUGGAUGUCAGUUACUAAAGUUUCAAAUCCGCUUCUUCCCCCACCCCUUAUGUGGUUGACCAUUUGACUUUUGUAGGGGAAGGGGUAUGGAUGAGUUAGUUUGGCUACGAUUUUUUUUCCAAACCUCUGGAGUUAAAAAUUUUUUCCCUGACAUAUAGCGGUGUACGAUUUUUUUUCAGCAUUAUAUACGUCAUGAGCGAUAUUUUUUUCAGUGCAGGAUAUUAUUUUCCCAGCUAUAUCCUUGCAAGCUUUUCCCCCUUGAAAUCAGUCUGUAGGAUAUUUUUUUUCUGAAAUCACCCAUAACCCCCUCAAAAGUCAAAUGGUCGGCCCCGUAAAAUCCACCAAACAUUUGCUCAGUUGACAGAUUCUGAUUUGUCAAUCAUUUCUAAAGCUUUUUGAAACAAAGAGGACAAAACUCUCUAGGGGAGAGGGGAGGAAUUCGUUACUACUCACCUGUUAAGUAUGGAGAUCCGCUAUUAGAAUUAUGAAGUUGAAAAUUUUUUUUAUAAGUAACAAUUAGAGAAGUUACUCCAGAAGAAUUCUGAAAGUAGUGAAAGAAAAAAACAACAACAAAAAAACAAGAAAAUAGUUAUGGGAGUGAAAUUUUUCAUAAAACUCUUUACUGAUUCUUCUUGACGAAAAAAAUGUAUUAAUAACGGCUAUCUUUUUCAAUUUAGCUGCAACAUUAUACAGAAGUUAUGAGUAGACUAACAAUGAUUGCAUGCAAUUAGCAAUCCAUUAAAUUUUCUAUUUCUACUUUCCCCUUCCCUGUUAACAUAGAUAUUUAUUUUGAUAAACUUUAUGAAUAAAACAUUCCAGAAGUGAAUAGUUUGUUUAACACGAAACCACAAGGUAUCAAUAUAAAUGUCUCUUAAUUUAUGCAAACAAGGACUCGUGCCAAAGGGUUGAAUUGUAAUGUCUUAAAAUACAGUUCAUCUAAGAAUAUAACAAACAGGAAUGUAUUCUAGUGGGAAGGCUUUAUAACAUGGUAGCAGUCAAAUUAUUAUCUUGUUAAGCUUUUAAAUUCAAGCUUUUUUAAAUAGCUUGCUUAAUAAUUUCUGGUUUAUUUUAAAAAAUAAUAAUGUUAAGCAAGUUUACUUGAAUGUAAAUUUUUUAACAGGAUGCUAUUCUGCAAUGUUGGUAAUAUCUCAUCUUCUUUUGUAGGAUUCAAAAUCAGCAAACCAAGAAUUAAGGAUCCUUCAGAGAAAGAAUGUAGAAUUGAGUUCUUUGGUUCGAAAAUUGGAUGAAAAGAACCAGCAGUUAGCAACAAGAAAUGCAGAAUUGGUGUGUUUCAAUUUAUACCUGUCUAUAAUAUUUGUCUAGUCAUGUGUGAAGAACCUGCUCUCUAGAGCAGUGAGUGAAGAAUGAUUAUUGAGGGAAAAAAUUAUAAAUGGAGGCAUAGUAUGUUGUCUCUUUUUGUAUAAUAACGUGUUUAAGUUUUUGUUUUCAGUAUAUUAGAUCUCUGCUGUACUAUAAAGUGGCCUCAUCUCGCCAUUGUAUGAGUCAAGAAUUUAUCAUUUAAACGUAAUUGUCGUAUUAUUAUUGACAAAAUAAAAACGUGUCUACUGCUACUAACAAAAACAAAGCACUUUCCUUUUUAACCAAGACUUUUUGUCAUUGAUACUAUUCAAAAGUUUCAAACUCAGUCAAUAUUAGAUAAGUUGUUUUCAUUUAUUUGCUAUUUUAUUUUUAGUGCCAUAAUUUCUGAGAAUGGAAUGCAGGGUUGUUAAUAAUAUUGGCUGAUUGUUAUGGUAUAAUAGCAAGCUAGGUAUCUCUUAGUUUCAGUUCUUACAGAUAUAUUAUUUUGAUCAGGGACGUCUAAAAUGACUUUUUUAUCAUGCAUGUACAGCAUCCAAUUAGGUGUUAUUUCAUCUAAUUGAAAUUUUCCUCUUAAAAAUAUUUGAAGUCAUUGUUAAAAUAAGCAAGGAGAUCAGCUACAUAAUUGUUGAACACAUAGUUACGUUGUUAAGGGCAGUAACCAAUCUUCCCUGACUUUCGUCAAAUGUUUGGCCAGUUUUUUCUUAAUUAAAACAAAAAUUUGUCAAACUUUUAGCCCAACAGGUCAUCAUAUUUAGAGUGACUGACUUUUGUUCAUUUGACUUUCUGUAUUAUCUAUCCAAAGCUCUUUUUUUCAGUUUGCUUCAUUUUUUAUAAUUUUUAGGUCAUCGUUUCGUUUGACUGACUUUUGUGCAUAUGUCUCUCGGCAUGUCAUGUCCCUUUUGCAAUUUUGCUUCAUUUUCUAUAUUAUGUUAAUUUCUUUAUUUUUCUUUUAGAUUCUUAAGAUUAUUUCAUUUAUUCCAGGAUUUUAGCUCUUCUGACUUGGGCAACCCACCUUUGCAUUCUGUGUUUCAGUCACCUUUGCUAGUUUUAGAGUAUGGGUCACCUCAGAAACAAAACCAAAAGUGUCUCAUAGCCCUAACCUCCCAACUGCUCUUUUAGAUCAAGCGGGGUUUGGAGGAACAAAAAAAAGCUUUUUCAGAGCGAGAAAAUUGGGAAAGGUUUUCUCCUUUGGUCAAUGGGCCAGGAAUUGUUUUACCAAGCCCUGUUUCAAGAGAAACUGUUUUAUUCUGGCUUUACGUUAAGUAUUCAUGAAAUUGCAAAUGGUCACUAACACUUUACUUCACCAGUUGGCUGAACUUGAGAAACUUGAAAAAGAAAACAGAGAAAAAAGCAGAAAGUUGGAAAGAAAAAAUGUUGACUUGACACAAACCAAUAAGAAGCUUGAAAAUCGGAACAAACUACUGUUGGAUGAACUCAAUGCCAUGGUAGGGUACAUUAAGUGUUCAAUCUUUCCUAUGCUUACUCAACCCAAUAAGCCCCAGUAUCCACAUACAAAUUCUCUUGACACACAUCUGUGUUUUCCUUAAGGAAUUAGUUUAGAGAAUGAAGUAAAAGAUCAAAGCUUAUUAUAUAAACACCAAUGAAAUACCAGGUGAGCUUUCGCGCGAAAACAUGAUAUCUUCACACGUGAAAAUAACAUGUUAUUUUCUCAUGUGAAAAGAUCACCGUUGCUAUGGCUACAUAAUAAAUCGCGCCUUUGGUAGCAAAAAAAUAUUUAAGUGAAGUGGUUUGGCAUUUCAGUGGUGUUUAUAUAAUAAAUAGAACAUUGUUGAGAAAUUUUUCCCUCGAUCGCUGCGUUCUCUCGUGAAAUACUUUUCAUCACUCGAACAGAAAUUUCGUAUCUCCGCACGGCCAUGUAAUGGCCCCUAUAUUUACCCGUAGGUGACCAUUUUUCAUAACCUUUUCUUGUGUUACGAGAAAAUAGAUGUCUGUCACUCUUAAUGGGACUUAAAGUAUACAUACACCAAUCGACUCUCUUUUAAAGAGUGUUAGAAUUUUGAACUCAGUAGGCGUUUGUCGUCAACUAAUUCUCGCUCGCUUUCAUUUGACUUUUCCCCAGAAAAAAAGCUCGGCAUCAAGAAAGACAAACUCUGUAAAACCCAGAGGUCGUAAUGCAAAGGAGGUAAUUUAUGUCGUUGUCAGUUUUCUUAACCUGGCUUACAGUGCAGCGUGCAAAGAAAGCAGUGUCCGAUAGACCAGGGCUAGUGUAUUUUUCUGUUCUUAACUUGCCCAAUGGACAAGUGAAGGUUUUUCGGGGUAUUCAAAUUACAGAAGAACUGUAACAAAUCCUGCUCAUCAAAAUUUUUUUCAGGCAAGUUGAAAAGACUUUUGGGCUAGUGCGUGCUACUGCUACAGCCUGCCCGAGUGGCAAGCUGUAAAACUAUAAAUGUGCUAUAAAUAGUGCUAUAAAUGUAGGUGCGAAUACUUAUUUUUAUAAUAGUAUUGUUAAUUACUGGACUACAAAAAUUGUAAAUAGACGGAAACACAGACGGAAAGACAGACAAACUGACAGAUUGAGUAUUUUUAAAUGGUGUUAAAAUUUAUUUUUGGCCAAAGGUUUGAAUAAUUUUCCAAGUUUGUUUUCGGACAUACUUAGCCUAGAAAUAUAGUUUCUUGAUAUUCUAGAUAGAAAAGUUAGCCUUCUAGGCUAUAAAAAUAUUAACAGAUGGAAUGGACGGACUGAUGGAUGGACAGAUAGACUAUUUUUUUUAAUAGUUCUAAAAUUAUAACAAUAAUUAUUUCCGAAGGGAUUAAUCAAUGAUUUUGUUAAAGUUUGCUUUUGUUCAAAGUUAUCCUAUACCAGUGUAGAGAAGAGUAUAAAAAUGUAAAAAGGAUAGACUGGAUGGACGGACAGGCAAACUAGAAAUAUUGUUUGUUGAAAAAUAGUCUUCUAGACUAUAAAUAUGUAAACAGAUAGACGGAUCUUACGAUGAGCGAGGAUAACCUCGUGAUCCUCCUGCAGGUGUCGUAAUGGCUGCCUGUAAACAGUGUACAUGCAUAUGGAUGGACGAACGGACGGAAAAACAUACAGACGGACGGACAGACAGACAGACAAACAGAUGGACGGAUAUUCUAGAUAGAGAAAAUAGCUUUCUAGACCAUAAACAUUAAGUGCCACUUGUUUAUCUAAAAAAUGCUAUCUGCUAGGAUCACGAGGUUAUCCUGGCCCUAAGAACAUUCCUAUUUCGGAAAUUUUAUUUUUAGUAACGAGAAACAUUAUAUACAUUUUUAUUUUAUUUAAAUUUAUUCUAUAUCAGAGUAGGUAUUACCAUUUUUCAAUUUCAUAAUCGACUGUUUGUAUCAUCAUUAUAUUUUAUUUUAUUAUGACAUGUUAGCGCAUCGAGAUUCCUAAAUGCGCUCAUAAAAACCUUACUAUUAUUAUUAUUAUUAUUAUUAUUAUUAGACAUACAGCGUGCAAAGAAAGUAUUGUCCGAUAGCCCGGGGCUAGUGGAUUUUGCUAUCUGGCUAGUGAAUUCUGUUUUUAACUUGCCCGACGGGCAAGUGAUGUUUUUUGAGGAAUCUGAAUAACAGAAGAACUGUGAAAUCAAUUCUGCUCAUCAAAAAGCUUUUGCCGUGGGGCUAGUUGAAAUGACUUGUGGGCUAGUAAAUGCUAGCUUCAGGUUGCCCAAAUGACAAGCUGUAAAAAUGUUUUUCUUUGCACAUAUUACAUAGACGUAGAAAUAUUGUCUCCUUAAUUGAUAUCCCUAGAGUGAGAAUGGUGCCCUCCUUUUUAUAGCAGGAUGAAUUGAGUAACCUUAGAGCACAGUUGAGAGAACAGACAAGAAAUAUUAAAUAAAUCUGAAGUGUCGUAAUGUGCUUGAUGGUUUAGUUUAAAUAAACUCUAUAAGUUUUAGUGUCGUAUGAAUGUGAUUUAUAGGGGUUUACAGUUUAUGUCUCUCUUUCUGUAAUUGUCUCCUUGUUAAAUAUAAAUAGCAAGGCUUGUCAAAUUGUCCGGUCAAACCUAUGAAUGCCGGACAAACAUCGAUUACGUCUUAUCGCUAUAAAAGCGCGGGUGAUAAAAUAUAUUAGGGAUUUAUUGACCGCCAAAGGGGUGGUGGUGGGGAAGAUAAAUAUACAUAAAAGCUCACCAACGUUUUUGGAAAGAAUGAAAAGAAAAAUUUAUCUAUAUAUCUAUAAAUGUAUGUCUCUCUUUCUGUAAUUGUCUCUAUUUCUUUAUAACAUUGUGUUUUGUUCGGACAAAUUGUAUAAGGAUUUGACCGGACAAAACCUAUUUUUGACAACGUUGAGGCCGUUAUUUGCAUAUUGUAAUUUGUAAUUAUUUGGAAAAUGGUUGAUGUACCAGCUGUUGUAAGACCCCUAAUAAUUGUCAAUUGUUUGUCGUUAUCCAAGAAGACUUACUAGAAUGUCUAACCGUCUGCAGAUGUCGUAACAAAGCAUCCAUUUUACCUUAGUUAUUUUAAGUCCUGAGUGUUGGUCUGGCCAGGAAUCCUAUAACUCUCAAGUGUGGUCCUUAAAACCAACUAAGCUAACCAGCCAAUGGUUUGUACAACUUGGGUGAUUGGAUUCUCUCCUAUUCAGAAUUUGUUAUGAGUAUGGUGCAGCAAAUAUAAAACUCAGCGGUAAAACGGCCAACAAAAUGACUGUCAGAGUAACGGCUCACCUGUUAAAUUAUUAACUCAAUUUUUUUGCUUAAGGUAACGUUAAUUCAUUUGUUUUUGUUCAGGAUAAAGACAGGAGAAUUGAGCUUUUGAGAAGCAGACAGAAAAAGAAGAAACGACAAUCU